CUCUGGCGGCGGUGUCGGCAGUCGUCAGUCUAUCUGAGCACACCGAGUAGAGCUGAGCAGACAAUCUCGCUGCUCUCUGAACAUAACCUAACCUCGUGCGUGCGGCAGUGUUGUGAUAUCUGUGCUAACGAGUGUCAACUGUUCUACGCUCCACAUGUGAUUGUCUCACACUGACUUUGGCCCCGGACCCGAUCUACGCCAAGAUUCGCUCGUCCUUGGGGAAACCUACGAUGACCAGGAGGAAACAGAAUUGUCCCAAGCGAAUGAAAUGGGAGGGAGGUGAAGGAGAACCUCCACCAGAAGGUUUAGGGGAUGAAGCAACCCCUUCCGAAGACGAAGAAGAGGACUCCGUAGACUCAUCGACGUCCCAGCCGGCGACGCCGCAGUCCAACAACCCCUUGGAACCGGACACGGAACUCAUCCUUAGGGAUCCUGUGAGCCCGUCCAGGGAUUCGAGAGGGUCUUCCAUCCCGCCGAGGUGCCCCUCCAGGGACUCCGAAGAGUCGGAGAGAGCGCUACCCAUGGCGCCCGUCAGUCCCGUGUCUCUGCUUCCUCCUGCCUUCUUGCCGACGACCCAACCGCUCCACAGGCUAGUGAUGACGUCACCGCAAGGCUCUGUGUCUCCGUUGGUCUCGUCUUCGUCGUCCCCACCGAUGCUCAUUCCCGCCAACUCCUUGACCUCACCGAGGUCCCCUCCGCUGCAGUCGCCGUCCGAGACCGAUUCUGCGGUCCUGGACUUCAGCACGAAAAGGAUUUCAGGAGACGGUCCCGGUCUCGACCUCAGUAAAGGGUCUCCAGUUCCAAAUGCGGAAUCGAGCCCUCUGGACCUCUCGGUGUCGAGUAGGAAGAGAGGCCAAGACGACUCGUCCUGUGGCUCUCAAUCUCCGAGCCCCCAGCCGAGGAAGACUCCGAGGGUCUCGACGGACUUCAAGACUGUUGUUUCACCGUGGACAUCUCCUGUGGUGGCAUCUCACUUCCCGUACUUCGCCGCAGCCGUGGCCGCGGCCAACAGCUUGUCACCCAAGCUCAACAACAACCUCAACAGCCAUUCCAGUAGCGAUAGCUCUUUGUGGAACGGAAAGAUGAAGAUGGGUGAUAAGCCGUCCUUCGCGUCCAGUCCGGUCGAUGCCACGAAAGCUCUGGAGAAGAUGAGUGAACUGAGCAAGUUAGGUGGAGACGAAUUCCGUUCCCUGGGAAACAGCGCCGGAUCUGGAGGAAGACACAGUGCGUGGCAGUCUCACUGGUUAAAUAAGGGCGCAGAGCAAGCCAAGGAUGUGUUGAAGUGUGUUUGGUGUAAGCAAAGCUUCCCCAGUCUGGCCGCCAUGACUACACACAUGAAGGAGGCGAAGCACUGCGGUGUGAAUGUGCCAGUACCGAAUAUACAACCUCCUCCCCCGCCCAUCCCUCAGCCACCCCAGACACCCACGUCGUCCAUUCCUCAGAACAACUUACCGAACCUGUCCUCUUCCGGGAACGGCAAGCCGUCACCGGCUGAUCUGAACUUGCUGAUAAAGGAAACGAUGCCUCUUCCCAGGAAACUGGUCCGCGGACAAGAUGUUUGGCUAGGAAAAGGUGCUGAGCAGACCAGGCAAAUCCUGAAAUGCAUGUGGUGUGGUCAGAGCUUCAGGUCUUUGGCGGAGAUGACCAGUCACAUGCAACAGACACAGCACUAUACGAACAUCAUAUCUCAGGAGCAGAUCAUCUCGUGGAAGUCCGCAGACGAGGGGAAGUCCGGUGGCGGAGGUGGAGGCAGUGUCGUCGGCGGGAGUGCUGGAAGUGGAGGUGGAGGAUCGGUGAACUCGAGUGGUGGGGGAAGUGCAGCAAGUAGCCACGUAAGCGCGGUACUCACAUGCAAGGUGUGCGACCAAGCAUUUACUUCUCUAAAGGAACUCAGCAAUCACAUGGUGAAGAACUCCCACUAUAAGGAACACAUCAUGAGGUCUAUUACAGAAAGUGGAGGAAGAAGGCGACAGACUAGAGAAAAGAGGAAAAAAUCUCUCCCUGUGAGAAAACUGUUAGAACUGGAGAGAGCACAAAACGAGUUGAAAAACGGAGAAGGAGGUUUGAUGAUGAUGGGUGGGAAAAUGGGACGAGACAUUCACUCUGCCGGAAGAAUCACCUGUGAGAAGUGUGGAGAAAAGAUAGAUAUGGCUGUUUUUGUUGACCACAUACGAAUGUGUAUCGGAGGUGGUCACAUCAGCAACGAUCAGAGAAAUUUACUUAAGUCCGCUUUAUUAUCUAACAACAUGCUUCCAACCGAACAACAUGCCAGUGUGACUCAAGCUUUACGGGAAAGUAGGAAAAUAAAAAAGGAAGAUCAUCCACCGGCAGCAACCGAUCUCUCAGUACCUCCCACCAGCCCGAACAAGGAUACCGUUAAGCAAGAAGGAAAAACAUCAUCUCCUUCAGUGCUGAAUGCGAUUGAAAAGCUAAUUGAGAAGAGUUUCGAUUCAAGGGCAAGGCAUGGUGCGCCUGGUUACGGAGGUCCUGGUGGAAUGGGCCAAGGUGUGAUCGGGUCUAGUAUUCUCAAAAGGUUAGGGAUUGAUGAGAGUGUCGACUACACAAAACCGUUGGUCGACCCUCAGACCAUGAAUCUCCUCAGGAACUAUCCCCAUCAUCCACACGGGCAUUUUGGCAGGCGGGAGAGAAGUGGAAGCGAGUCCAGCUCCAUGUCAGAAAGAGGGAGAACUGAGGCAUCAACACCCGACAGAAAGUUUGACCCCUCUGACAGAUUAAUGAGCUCAACACCCAGGACAACGCCGGAAAAAAGGAUCCAAACCCCACCUUCUGCAAAAAACUCAACCCACGAUGAGUCCGUGGAAGAUGAUAUCCAUAUAAAAAAGGAAGUAGAGGACGAAGAAAUACCUUUGGAAAGUAAUAUAAGACACGAUAUUGUCGUGAAGAAAGAAGACAUGGAGAACGGAGAUGAUGAGGAAGAAAGAAGAAGUUAUCACAGUGAAGGCCAUAAUAUGCAGAGGAAUGUCAAAGAGGAGCCUCUGGUGUCACCGAGGACCGCUGCGGAAGAAGCUGAAGAAGACAGGAGAAGCCACAACAGCAUGGUCAGUCCAGGGCUCAGCCCGAGGCAGCCUACGCCUGUCAGGCCGGCAUCGAACGAGGCCAUCCCCAACAGUCCUUGUAGGAACAGCACCAGCAGUCCUGCGAGCAGCGAUCGCUCCGGCACUCCUCGUAGUACCAUCGAGAAGAAGUCCAGCGGGAGUCUAGGAGCGCUCUCGUCCAUGUUCGACAGCCUCUCCGGAGGAGCCCCCGGAGGAGGGACGUCCUCAGAACCCACCGCUUCGGGCGCCAAAGGGACCAGCCAUCCCUUGGCCGCCCUGCAAAAACUCUGUGAUAAGACUGAAACUCACCACCACCCCAGCAGCGGGGGGCGACCCUCCUCCUCCAACCAGGGGCCGAUGGCUCUGGGUGCUUCUUCUUCCCAGACCCCUCAGUCAGCGACCACCCCCGGGGCCAUCCUGGCCUUCAGCUGGGCCUGCAACGACGCAGUCGUCACCGCCGACUCCAUCAUGAAGUGCGCUUUCUGCGACACCCCCUUCAUAUCCAAAGGAGCCUACCGGCACCACCUGAGCAAGAUGCACUUCGUCAAAGACGGGGUCAUCCCUGAUCCGGUAGCGCUGAAGGCUCAAGCGGGAGGAAGCGGGUCCUCGCAGGGCGGCCACAGCGGGAAAGCCCCCAGCUCGGCGUCCACGUCUUCGGGGAAGAGCCCCACCCAGCAGAACAGCUUUGAGGAGAGCCCCCACUCCAAGUUCCUCAAGUACACCGAACUGGCGAAGCAACUAUCGAGUAAAUAUGUAUAGCCCAAGAAGUAAGUCCGGUGUUUGUAAAUGUGUACAGUAUAUAGAUAUGUCAUUCCUGUACAGGACGCUCCAGCGUCGUUCCGUGAUGAAACCAUAUCUAGGCCUCGAGGCCGUAGCGUAGAGACUUGUGAUCUCUGAUCUAUCCGAUCUGGUCGGCAGUAUACCCGUGGCCCCCGAGCCAGCAAAACUAUGUAUACUUUAUCUUUCUAAGGGAUGCGUGAUAUUUAAUCAAUAAUCUCGUUGUAAACUUAAUUUAUUGUAUUGUUAUUUAAGAAUUCUCAGCGACAUAAUGGAGGGCGCCCCGGAGGAUUCCAUUAAUUGUUUCCGUGUUGUAAAAUAUUUUCAGUGAUACGCUUUAUUUUCAAAAUGUAGUCGUCUGAGGGGCGCCCCCCGACCUAGGGUAAGCUCGUGUAACACUCUACCGUAUACGUACACUUCUGUGUUUGUUGAAAGUUUUGCUAAUAUUAGAGUCUUUUCGUAUUAACUAGCGAAGUGAAGUAAUUUUUAUCGAAUCCCCUCUUAGCGUAGUGAGUACUUUAGAAGAUCGCGAUUUCCCUGUAACAACAAUAUACGUAUUUAUCUAUGAAUCCUCUUCAACUCUUCCAGUGUAUUUGGGUGUUUGUAAAUGAUGUAUACAAACAUAAUAGUCAUUAUUUUUUACUGUUAUCAUGUACAAUGUGUAUACGCUACUGUUUUUCAGUCACUUUUGCAUCGGACUCAGUCUAAGAUAGUCAUCGUGUAUACCGACUCAUGCCCUAUAUGAGACUGUACAUUAUCAAUUGUAGGGUCUAGGUAGUCUAUAUGUUUUAAACACUGUGAUGGGUGACACGAUAAAAUCGCCCACUUCCUUUAUUUGCGUAGGUUAUUUUAAUCGAGUUUUGUCUGUAAACUUUAAAACACUACUUUGUAUCGUUUCCUGUUUGUGUUUCAGCCUAGAAGACGAUAGUGUUACUAAUAGUGUAUCAAUAAGUGUCAUGACGAAAUUCUAAACAUUGUAAGAUGUAUACGAUAUGUGUAUGCCCCCCUCCGUCCACUUAAGUUACUACACUCUCUAUUUACUGUAGAUGUCCCGUGGUUUCAACAUGGCUAUGCUUCAACAACCUUUGUCCCCCAUCUUAAUUAAUUAUACUUACAGUCUGGGAAGUAUUGAAUCGUACGAUGUAGUGUGUUACCCAAACGGCCGUGCCUUCUUCUCAACCUUGCAUCCGGAUAUAGAAAUAUAUAAUUUUUCUUGCAGUGGUGAGCAAAUUAAUCGUAACCCUUUCAAAGCUUUGUUUAUGAAGGAUCCAACAGUUUUUUUAAAAUUGUAUCCUUGUAAAGGAAAAUAAGAUGUUUUAUUUUACCAGGCGAAGUUAAGGCUAAGAAGCCCUCUCUAACACUUAACCUGGGGACCAACGGCUUAAAGGUGACUUCCGAACCACCACCAAUGGCCGGGCAGGCGGGCUGCUUGCAAGGACAGGAUCGCUCAGUUGUGUGUCCAUCUGUGCGAUAACGCUUCGUAGGGACUUGAAACUUGCUACAAGACCUUUUGGUCCAAGAAAAACUCUAUCGAUUUAGUAAAUUAGCCCUUUGAUCCUUGGAAUUCUGUCAGAGCCUUCGAUAGACCCACGUUUUUCAAUGAUUUUGGUGCAAUAAGAAGUUUUUUCGAGUACUUUACUUUUCGCAAAUUUCUCGCAACCUUGGACGGAGCCAGAAUGCCGGCCUUAUAAGGCACUAAAGGAGGUUGGGUGGGGGGAGAGGGAGGGGGGGUUGUCAUAGCCCACACAGACAGACUCCGGACCGGUUUAUCCUAAUGAUGGAGCCUGUCCUUCUUAUCCUGUGAUUUACAGGAGACAAGUGCGUCCCUCCUCCCGACCAAUAAGACAAUCAUUUUAUCAAAGUCAGCCGGAAUGUGUUGGUCCGUCGCCGCCAUGACACCGGCCGGUGACCGGUGACCGGUGACGUCACCCACCGGUGGCCACGGUCACACCGGCGCGAGACCAACAAGAGUGGUGCGUUCAAUAAGCGUCAAUCUCUGCAGACAGUAAUUACUCCGGUAGACUAUAGGUAAUGGACGAAACGGGUUUGUACUCGGGAUUGGAGAUAAAUAUUUAGUCGAGAGGCAACCAUCCACGCGGUACCGACUCUGUGUUGGUGCUACGGCAGGACGAUGUUCGUUUCUCGAGGGCCUCCACCGUUUCUGUUGGUUUUCUUCGGUCGCUUCGAUGUUCUGGGUUCUUCAAGAAUAGCAAUGCUCCUUGCGAAUUACCAGAAGAUUUUAACCACGUGUUCUUCCGGAUAAAAUAAUCCAUUUCUCUUCAAAUUCCUCGAUUCGCUACAGGAUGUCCGUAUAUCGAUUUGUCCAUCAUGUCUGCACCACGGGUGCCAAGAACAAGGCCUGUAAAGGUCGCGCGGUGUUGCCAGGUGGCGGGGAAGCGCGGCAACAAUGCCCAGCUCCAGCUGGCAGUCGUUUAUUAAUUAGCAGACAGUCUUUGAUGCGUCGUCGAACGCAUAAAUAAGCAAGACAUGUCAAAUGUUUGUCCUUCACUGCGUCGCGGGCUUGUCUCUUGUAAAUCAUUAUUAUGGCCGGGGAUAUCUAAUAAAUCUCCCACCAUCUUGUCUCCUCUAUUUCAAGAUGUCUCCCACUACGCCUUCGGUCGUCCUGGUCUUGCUUCAUCAUUCGUCCGUCCUCCCCGCAGCCUCUUAGGAGAUUACCUCUUGUUCUUUUUUAGAAUGUCUUGUGUAUAUCACCGUAAUGACGGUCUCAGUUUGUUACACCGUGAGGCGUCUCAGGCUAGGUUUGGUUUCGACUGAUCUUUUGAGUCGCUGCCAGAUCAGAUGUGAUGUGAAAAGAUCACAAAAUUUAUGGUUCACAUUGUGAUAUCGUUCGUGUAAAAAGUUAAAUUGGCUAUAUUUAUGGUGCUUGGCAGGUAUUCCAUGUGUUGUGAUAUAAAAGCUGUUUCAAUAUUCUGGUCUCCCAAGUGGAUUUUUAUAAGCGAUAUGCACUGUUAUUAACCUUCCGGACCUUAAAGGUUUUAGACUGCUUAAAGCAUUAGUGUUUUGUUAUUUAUACCAGUUUAAACUAAAUGCCUUCCUGAAUAACCACAUCAGUAAUAACAACAACAAAAUAAUAUGUUACAUACACACUUAUAUACCAAUAAAUAAUUUGUGCAAUAUUACAUGACGUGCGAAUCUUCCAGGUUUCAAAAUCGGCCGAUUUGCGCUUUUAAUGACACUUUAUAAAUAUAAAUGAAUAAAUAGGAGCACAACGUAUGUAAGGCAUAAAAAACAUUGGCUGAUAUAUUUUUUAAAUUUAUUUAAAUAAAAAACAGAUUUACAAAUCAAGCAAAACUUUUUUUUAAAUAAAGGAGAUUCAGUGAGCUUAAAAAGCGUUAUGUCAGAGUAAAAAUAUUCAUAGUAGUCUUGUGAGUAUUUCAUUGCAGCUGAAGUGUAAAACACAAGUAAGGAGUCUAACUUCUCAAGAAAACUAGGAAAUGGUAACCAAUAAUAAUUUUUUCCAACAAAAAUACAAGUGCAAAUUAAAAAUUGCAUUAAUGGAAUUUACACUGCCACACUGCAAAGUAGCGUGGCAGGGCAACAAAAAUAAAAACUUGAAAAUAAGUAAGUCCAGCUUCUAAUUUGUCCUUUGAUAAGAGCAGCACUUCACUCCGCGCCGUCUGUGUUCUUCGCUUAUCACAACACACUAUCAGUAUGUCAAUAGUUUAUUUAUUAUGUCUAAUAUGACAUUUAUGCAACUAAAACUGAUAUUAAAUGGCAAUUGAGCAAUCCUUAUCAAAGUCUGGAUCGUCCAGAUCGUCUCACGAGUGACAUCGUAACAAAAUAUCUGCUUUAAAGAAAAACACUAGUCCCAAACUUCAACCUUGUGGAACACCACAUAUAUCCAAUUCAUUCUACUUCUAAUCCCGUGAAGAGAUUAGGUUUUCAGGUUUAGAAGGGCAGUUUUAUGGUAUUACAAAUACUGUGUAAACGAUUUACAGAUUCAAUUUCAACACCGAGUUGAAAGAGAACACGAUCGGAUUUUGGAAUUCUGGCCCGGAGAUGAUGCCUGUGUGAGGUGAACGAUGAUAUCUGGGAUCCAUUUGGCCGGGCGCGCGGCCCAGACAUGCCAGCCCAGGAUGUGUUGUCUAUGGUAGGCCAGACUUAGUUCCAAAUAAAUCCGUCAAUAUGACAAUAAAGUAGCGCUAGUGUGCGCUAUAUCCGUAGCUCUCCCGGGCCGCUUGAUGGAUGGAUAGACAGCUGUCUACGGCACACACGCUAUUCUCAUCUCCCUGCCCCCCCUCCCCCCUCCCGCCAGCUAACUACUACAUUAUGGCCAUCCGACAUGAUCAUAUUUUGUUGGAAUGGACACGAUUUAAAACGCACUCCUCGAGCCUUAAAGUAGACAGAAGGUUGUUCGUUUUAACUCUCACAUAACUUGAAGCCGUUAGUUCCCUCGGGUCGGUUAUGCCCCGGUUCGAAAUUUUAAUUAGCUGACCUCUCACCACCUGCAAGUAACCGAGGUAAAAUUCAAAAUGGCAAUAAAGCUCGUAUAACCCAUGCCCCUGAAUCGAAUCGUAUACGAAUAAGUGCUUUGAAUCCACCUUUAUCUAAAUCCCUUUGCACGAACAAAUGCACGUACUUGAAGCGUCUAGCCAAACCUUUAUGUAUCAUUCGAUCUUUAUGUGAUGUUUUCAGAUACAUUUCCCCUUCAUUUUUAUGUACAAAAUUUACUGUGAAUUCUAAAAUAUUUGUCGAAUUGUUGUUUAUCCUACAAUUUUUAUACAUUUUCACACUGGAAAUUUCACACCGUUUGGAACUGUAAAAUACUCCUGCUCACAAUUUUGUAUCUUUAAGGUUUCAAAGAUGAACUGUGUAAUGUACCCGGAAUUUUUACCAUUUGUACAAAAUUUACUCAAAUUUGUUUCUCAACUACUAUCUGUUUUGUGCAACUCGCAAUUGUUGUUGAUUUCCGUCAUUUUUAUUCAAUGUAUGGCGUUUUCGUCAACAUUCACACUGGACAACGUAUUGUUUAAUUACUGAAUGUUGUAUACAUGUUUCGAUUUAAGACCCAUUGUUUUAGCGAAAUAAAAAUGUGUUAAAUUUUACUAGCCACAAAUAACUUUUACUUUUCUCUUUUAAGUGUGAACGAUGUAUUGUAAGAUGUUAGCUUUAAUUCUACUUGGACGCUGUUACCUUUAAUUUAACUUUUCUAUUAAGAAAUACAUUCUUUAGGAAACUUAGAUGGUUUCAUAAAGUAGUCGUAAGUGAUUCAGAUAGAGUAUGUAGAUAAAAUUUUGAUAAAAUGAGUAAGCUUUAAGAUAUUUUUAAUUUCUUAACAUUUUAGUGGUUAGUAAGAAUCCUGCUAAAGAUUAUAAUUACUUGCGCAAUAAAUAUGUAUAAAAUAAUUUAUUUAUUAUAUGUGAUAUAGUUAAAACAUAUAGACUACAUUGUGUACAAAAUAUAUUUAUUGUUAAUUUUAACUCGCUGUGUUCUAGUACAAUUUAUAAUAAUAACAUUGAAGUUCUAAUUUUUUACGUGGAAUUCUGAUGGGAUAUUUUUGUGUAGCAAUAGCUGCGAUCUAAUGUUCCUUGUUUAUUUGUUGUUUUCUGUAUUUUACUCUCUUUGCUCACUGUUUUAUCGUGGCUUCUAAUGUUAUUAUUCUACUUUGUACAGGGUGGGCAAGAUAUUCGGGUUUACAAUUCCUUUACGCCAUCUAGUUGUCGAUCCGAUGUUCUCUCCAGGUUAUCAAUACACCGUUAUUUUCCCCGAUCCCAGCAUUUCACCCGACCCAAGCCAGUAUUCCCUUGCCCGCUCGUAGAUAUAAGACUUAUUCGCCCUUAUGACCAAAUGCAAGUAUACGAUUGAAGUUGGUGAAGAAGCAUUUCUCAGUGAUCAAAUUUGAUAUUUUUUGCCCAAAUGUAAAUGUAGGAUUUUUUAUUAUAUAUUAUAACAGAAUGCAUGUGUUCAAGGGUUUUAUUUAUCAUCGAGCAAUCUAGACUAUGCAAGAUUGUAUAUCGGGCUGUAUAUUGUAUAUGUACAGAUGUAGGUCCCGGGGUGGGGGGUGGCACCCCUCUCCCUCACUUGGGGGGUGGUGGUACUCCCCCCCAUUCCGGAAAUGUUCAGAUGAACGCCCACACUGCUGUUGAUGUUUCUUUUAUUCUAAUUAUACUAUUAAUAGACUAUUAUUGAUUUCAAUAAAAAUAAGUCUUGCUGCUGAAA